UGCUUUCGCGGCGGACGCCGGGCAAGACGCAUGCGCCGUUCCUCCUGGCGCGGCCGUUCCUUGCCCAAAAUCGCGAUGGUGGCAGCCUGAGGGGAGAGAAGCCCUCCGCUGAGGCGAGGCGGCGGCUGAGGCGCUGCACGGCCUGCCUUUCGCUCCCCUGCUUCCUCAUGCCUCGCCGGAAUGCUCCGCUCGAGCGGCUUCUUUCGUGGCGUCGACUGCCCCUUCGGGCCGGCCUGCGGGAGGCCCUACUGCCACUUCCGACACCCGCUCGGGGCCCAGCUGGCCUUCGAGCUCUCCGUGCCUCGGUGCCUCCCCGUCUGGCCCGGCCCCGCAAGACGCCCAGCUGCGGCAGCAGGGUCCGGCUAUGACCCCUACAACCCGGAACUUCCCAAGCCCCCCGUGCAGAGUAGCAAUGGCACCUUGGGGGACAUUUCCAAGUCGGCCGCCAGCAUUCUGGAGAUGGAAUUGGUGGACAAGGCCAUCGAGGUAGCUAAGAACGAAUACGAACUUGAGCAGAAAAAAUAUGAAGAGCUCUUGGAGACCAGCAAGGCUCCUUUGCUCACUGCCACGGCUGCUGAGUUGGUGGUACCGGACUCAUUUCCUUCCCAGGAAUAUACCGUAGGCAGCUACGGGGCUGGAGGCAGUGCCGAUUACAACCCUACCCCUCUCGCUGCACCUUCGUCCAGCCAGCCCAGCAAGUAUACCUUGGAUUCUUCCAGUGGUGCGAAAUCCAAGGGCAGCUCGCUGGAGUAUGUUCCCACCAUGGUCACCCAGCCGAGGAAGUACGGCUCUCCUGUCACAAAUAGCAAGUACAUCAUCGACAACUCCAAGCCUUCGACUGACUUGGAGUAUGACCCUCUUUCCAAUUACUCUGCCAGGCUGCUGAGCAAAGUGAAGGAAGAGAAGAGUGCAAAGCGGAAGAGAACAGCGGAUUCUGAGGUGAGCUCUCUUUUGCUGAAGAAGCACUGCGAUGAAGCUAGCAUGUUUGAAUUGCCAGCCAAGUUCUCUGACUCAGAGGAGGAAUGUGAGCCGGCAUCAAGCACCCCUUUGAAAUCCCAAGGUAGUUUGGAAAGCAAAGGGAGUGGUGGGUCAGCGGCCAAAGAAAAGGGGACCCAGCAGGUGGAUGCCAGUUCUCGGCAGAUGAGAGAGACUGCUGUGCAGUAUGAUAUGGGAGACAUAGAAAAUCCCCAAGGAGCUGCUGCCCAGGACAUGCUGGAAAAGGAUGCCAAGGUCUCCAAAGAAUCUUCCGGAAGGCAGGGAAAAGGCGGAGGAGCCCCCAAGGGCAAGCCGAAAAAGAAGAAAGGUGAUGGCCAUCAGUUGGAGCAGAAGAAAGACCAAAGCAGAACUGUAGGCAAAGAGAAGAUUGAAUCCAAGGGGCAACGCAAAAACGGGGAGAGGGGCAAGGGCAGGCAUGGCAGGUCCCAUGUGGAUGGACAGCAGAAGAACCCAGAGAAGCCGAGAUCUAUGAUAGGAUCUGGGAGUAAGGAAGAGAGUGCAGGCAAAGACAAAACUUGUGCCAAGGGAUCUGGCAUGGAGAAAGCAGGGUCUAGCAAGAAGGAUGGUAAGCUGAAGCCUCUUGACCUGAAAAAGAAGACGUGGGCUCCUAGGGCUGAGCCUAAAGACAGAAAGGGCAAGCCCCUGGCCUCAGAGAGGCCGAAGGACACAUUGGCCAGCUCCCUGACCAAGGGGAAAUCGAAGGCCAAGUGCCAGGCUAAACAGCGGGCACCAAGUCACGCCGACCUCUUUGGCGACGAGAGUGGGGACGAGGGGCAGGCAUCGCAGGCAUCUCCUGCCUCCUUCCCCAAUGUGAGUUCAGACUCAGACGGAGACGGCGGGUCUUCGUCUCAGGACAGAAGAGUGAAGAAUGUCAGGCAGCCUAAGCCCCCCAAGGCUCCCUCCUCAAGGUCCUCGUCUUCCGGGGAGGUAGAUUAUUCCCUUCUGGAGAAGGAUCUGGACUUUGAAUCCGACCCCAUGGAGGAGUGUCUCCGGAUUUUCAAUGAGUCCACUGAUAUCAAGAUGGAAGACAAAGGCAGGCUGGGGAAACAGCCAUCAAAAGAAGGGCUUGAGGAAAAAGUAACGGAGGAAAGCUUAACCACACUCUUCCCUGGCCAGAGAAGGAGGAUCUCUCACAUAGCCAAGCAAGGAAAUGCCGAAAUCCAAGGCAAGGCAGUUGUCCGUCCCUACCGGCCCCCGACGGCCCAGGAGGUGUGCUACCAGAGGAUCCAGCUGGCCCAGCAGCAGGCAGCGCAGCUGGCCCAGCAGCAGCAGCAGCAGCCUUCCACACCAGCACAGUCCCCGAAGACCCUCCAGAAAGGCUGCUUUGCAAUCCACAGAGGAGGAAAGAAACGGAUUGCUCACGUGCCCAGCGCAGCCCUUCCUUCCCUCUCGAAGUGCGCUGCCGGAGACCCUCUGCAGGCCUUUCUGCCCAGGAACCCGGGGUCUGUCAACAGUGCCGACUGUCUGCCUUUGAAAGCGCGUACACUCACUGGAAUGGCGUCCAAGACGACGACAACAGAUGUCCCCAAAAGGAUAGCUCACGCUCCCACGCUGCAGAGCACCACCUUAAAAAGACCAGUUAUCCCCACGGAGUACGGUGCCAGGGUCCCCACCAACAUCCGCCAGAGGUACCUCAAUCUCUUCAUUGACGAGUGCCUGAAGAUGAACCUCUCACAUCAGGAAGCUUUUGACAAGGCUCUGUCCGAGGAGAAAGUGGUCUAUGAGCGCAGCACCAGCCGGAACAUUUACCUGAACGUGGCAGUGAAUACCCUGAAGAAACUGAGGAGCCAGCUUCCUAACGCCUCACAGGAGGUCCGCAAGAUCACCAACCCGAAAGUGGUUUCUCACGAGGCCGUGCUAGGAGGGAAGCUGGCUGCCAAGACCAGCUUUACGUUGAAUCGUUCCGCAAGUACGCGAGUGGAAGACCUGACAGGUGCUGCCUUGUACCGAAGGCUCAAGGAGUACAUCUUAACUGAGCAGGACUUGAAGGUGCAUGGCUACCCGCUGCCCUGUCCUGAAAAACCAGGCCGGGCAGUGCUCUUUGCGGGAGAAGAGAGGAAAACAAGUGAUGGUUCCUGCAGAGUUUGCUGCCGCUGUGGGACAGAAUAUAUGGUGACAGCUUCUGGUAACUGUGUCCGCAAGGAGGAGUGUGUCCACCACUGGGGCAGAUUGCGCAAGCAAAGAGUUUUAGGUGGCUGGGAAACAUAUUACAGCUGCUGUUCCGGAGCGGUGGGUACUCCAGGCUGCCAAAUUGCCAAGCAACAUGUCUACGAUGGCCGGAAGGAAAACCUGGAGGGUUUUGUGAAGACCUUUGAGAAGCUGCCCAGUGCGGAUGGCAAUCCAGGCAUCUAUGCCUUAGACUGUGAAAUGUGCUACACCAAGCAAGGCUUGGAGCUGACCCGCAUCACCGUGAUCGACUCGGAACUCAAGGUGGUCUACGACACCUUUGUCAAGCCUGACCACAAGGUGGUGGACUACAACACCCGGUUUUCCGGAGUGACUGAGGCAGACCUGGAGAACGUGUCCGUAACUCUCCGGGACGUCCAAGCAGUCCUCCUGUGCAUGUUCAGUUCGGAGACCAUCCUGAUUGGGCACAGUUUGGAAAGUGACUUGUUUGCACUCAAGCUCAUCCACUGCACUGUCGUGGACACGGCAGUCGUCUUCCCACACCGCCUGGGCUUGCCUUACAAGCGGGCGCUGCGCACCUUGAUGGCAGACUACCUCAAGCGCAUCAUCCAGGACAGUGGCCAAGACCGAACUUCCAUUUUGAAGAAGUGUGUGUGUGGUGGGGGAGUCAUUCGCAUGGCGGGCGGAGCAGGAAUCCUCCCCUGACUCAGUGUGAAAUCUUGCCUGUCGGACCUUGGGCUGGAUGGCCAUGACUCCAGCGAGGAUGCUCGAGCCUGCAUGGAGCUAAUGAUCUGGAAGAUCAAGGAGGACGCGAAAGUGAAGCGGUGAAAUGCCCCACGGUCGUGCUCCUUCCUGUCUUUGGCACAGUGCAAUAAUAUUUCUCCAGGAGACACCUGUGAUCAGCGGAGGGCCUGUCCCAGACUUCCCCUCCGGCUGAUCACAGGUGUCUUGCGGAAUUGGGCAGGAGCUGCUGUGGCAUCGACCGGUGGAGCGCCAUGGCACCUCCACCCCCCCAGCCUGGAACCAGGCUAAAAUAAACCACAUGUGGCCCCGCAGGGGCAGCUUCCUCCCUGCAAGAAGAGAGGGGCAAACCUGUUGGAGCCGCCAAAAUAAACUUUAUAGGCACUUGA